AUGGAGGAAUCAGAUGACAUCUUCCACGAGCCUGAGCAAGAAAGCGACACGGAAGCAAAGAAACAGCUCAAUGGGGAAUUGAAAGACAAGGCUGAUGAAGAAGUACCCGGAGAGGAGGCGCCAGUUGCUCCUGAAGACGCGGGCCAUGAUUUGAAGGGCGAUGUGAAUGGCAGCACAAAAGAAGGAGAUGGCGAUUCUGGAAAUGAUGACGAUUUGGGACAAGAUGACGAUGAGGGCGGAGAAGACGGCGAGGAGUACUCCGUCGAGACAAUUCGCGAUCACAAAUUCUCCAAGGGCCAGACGCUCUACCUGAUCAAAUGGCAAGGCUACGGGGAAGAGGAGAACACCUGGGAACCUGAAGAUCACUUGAUACCACAUUCUCGCGCAGUUCUCAAAGAGUACCACAAGAAAAUAGGUGGGAAGCCAGUUCCACCUCCUGCCAGGAUAAGGUCAAAGCAGAAGUUGCGCGAAACGCCUUCUUCCGAAGAGCACCGUGCCUCGAAGCGUCGGAAACGCAACAAAGAUGUUUCGGCUAGCCCCGCUGAAGAAACUACCGAAGAAUCCUGGCUUCCUGAGGGGGAAGACUGGGAGGAUCAGGUCGCCAGUGUCGAGAUGGUGGACCAAGACGACAACGGACUAUUGCACGCCUAUAUCAAGUUCAAAAAUGGCAGGCGGACAAGAGUCGGCAUGGACAAGAUCUACAAACACUGCCCCAGACCAAUGCUCCGGUUCUAUGAAGGCCACCUGAGGUUCAGGUAA